UUUACAGAGUUAUUUCCCAUGCAUGUGACAGGUGGGAUAAUUCAAAAGUCCUACAAUGGACUGGAAAGUGAACUUGUUUGUUUGUUUGUGUGUUAGUUUAUUUCAUUGUUAUAUGAGUGAUGAUCCCACAGCUACAGAUACCGUUUAUGAAGUCUUACAAAGGACACAGGGAUUAUCAAAGUUUGAGUCUCUUGUAAGAAAGGCAAACCUAGUGGAAUUCUUUCAGUUUUCAAGGACAUACACAAUAUUUGCUCCCAAUGACACAGCCUAUGAGAACCUCACUCCAGACAGGAAGCACAUUGUCGAUACCAUGGUGGGCAUUGAUCUUCAAAACUUUGUCAAGUUUCAUGUCAUUGAAGGACAAAGGUUAAUGACAGGAGAUUUCCAAGAUAAUUCAGUAAGAAGAAGUAUGUCUUCAAGUAAACUGUAUAUUAAUAGACGAGAAGGGAGUGCAAUUUCUGGUUGGUUUGGACCAACAACGUUCUUUGUUAAUGGAGCUAUUGUAUCACCAGAGCAGAAAGAUCUGGUUGGUAUAAAUGGUGUGGUCCAUGGACUUAUGAUCUGGAUUGAUAAGACCAGUCUGAAGACAUCUUAUGAAUAUACACAGUCUCCAGACAAUCCAAAAGUCAACUCUACGAAGUUUUAUACAGAGAUUUUGAAUAAGCUAUCUAUAUCUGGACAGUUCUAUGAUCCUAUCAAAGAUCUCCAGAAUUACGAUGGAAGAUUUACACUCUUCGUACCAAAUGAUGCUGCUAUAGAUAGAAUAGAUUCAUCUAAACUUAGAGACCUUCAACAAGAUGUACAGAAAUUACAUGAGGUGGUUAGGGCACAUUACAUAAAGAAUGCUGCAUUGUUUACAACUUAUGUUAAUCACAAUCAGGGAUUCCUUAAUGCCAAUCAAAGAGCGCUGUCAAUACGCAAACCAUAUCCAUAUAACGUCUAUGUCAACAGUGGUGGAGUCACGUCAGCGAUUACAAUGGGAAAUAUAACAGUCAACAAUGGAGUCAUCCAUGUUUGUGAUCGCUUGCUAGGUUUCAUCUAUAAUACAGUACGACAGCAGAUAUCAGAAGACUCACCAUUAUUUGACCAGUUAAUUAAUAAAGCUUCAGAAGAGACAAGGCAAGCCCUUGUUACACAGACUGGGGUCAAUGUAUUUGCUCCUACAGCAGAGGCCUUUCAAAAAAUCAAGAGAGUUCCCUGGGUGUCACUUAACUUUGAUACUAAGCUGAUUGACAAGGUAUUGAAGCUUCACAUUCUACAGCCUGGUCAACAAGUAAUGGUGUCAAGCAUGGUUGGAGAGUAUGAGAGUCGACAGUUCAGAACUAGUCUAUAUUUAGAAGGAACAAACCCUAAGAUAACUAUUUAUAGACAGAGGAAUGAAACUUGGGUUCAAGGUGACACAGUAAUAGCAAAGGUUACACAGGCUGACAUCGAGUGUACAAAUGGUAGAAUACAGUUCAUAGAUACAAUAAUGGGUAUACCUUACCUGGAUCUGGCCAACCUUAUCUGUAGUGACCUCUGGUUGUUGAGAACAUAUGAUUACAUGAGAGCACUUGGUAUGAAAAACUACUUGACAGACAGAAGGUUCUACAGUCAACAGUGUACAUUUGAGUCACAAGGCUAUCCUCCAAAUUAUGGAAUCAACAAUUACUUCAACAAAGUCGGACUGGCUACUAUUGCACCGUGGACAGAGAAUCCACCAUGGGACAUGGGCUACUGUGGAACAGCAUCAUCGCCAUGUGAACUAACAUUCUUUGCUCCAAACUCUACAGCUAUAGAUUAUUUCUCAAAUACUAACUAUGGUGAAAAGAUCAUGAAAAAUGCUUAUGCUUUUCAAAGGAUAUUAACAAGACUGAUGUUUCGUGGGAAGAUAGAAUUAGAGACACUAGCAAAUACCAACUACAAUUACAAAUCUAUACAUGGCGAUUCAAUACGAAUCUCCAAAUCUAAUGAUAGAUUUGUAACCCUGUAUUACCAGGCAGCAGCAGCUCGAGUGAUCCACAUGGACAAUGGUGCAACAAAUGGAAUCGUCCACAUUAUAGACACUAUAUUGUAUGUACCAGAUGAUCUCAGUUUAUUAACGGCUGGAUCCAGCCAUGUUCACUACAGUCCAAUUCUGUUGCUUGUUGUACUGUUUUUAUGGAUAACGGUCCACUCCGGUAGAUAGAUGUAUCUUUUGUGCGGACUACAGUUUAUUCCUGUUGCUAGUUGUACUUGUUGUGUGGACUACAGUUUAUUCCUGUUGCUAGUUGUAUUUGUUGUGUGGACUACAGUUUAUUCCUGUUGCUAGUUGUACUUGUUGUGUGGACUACAGUUUAUUCCUGUUGCUAGUUGUAUUUGUUGUGUGGACUACAGUUUAUUCCUGUUGCUAGUUGUACUUGUGUGGACUACAGUUUAUUCCUGUUGCUAGUUGUAUUUGUUGUGUGGACUACAGUUUAUUCCUGUUGCUAGUUGUACUUUUUGUGUGAACUACAAUUCAUUCCUGUAGACAGUUGUAUAUUUUGUGUGGAUAACACAUGUUGCUAGUUAUUCAUUUUGUUUUGCUUACAGGGAACUGACAUUCUACUCGUUGUUUUCUUUUUCUGUGAGCAAAAGUCUGUUCUUGUUGAUACUUGUACUUUUUAUAUGGACUUCCGACCAUUCCUGUAUAAUUUACUGUGAAUUAAGAAGUUUUUGCAAUGUUUUUAUUCUUGUGAAAAUUGUGACAGGAUAGGUGCUUCAAAAAUUAAAACUGGCAUUAUAUGCAGCAUUUAGUAAAUUUGCAAUAAUAGACUAUUUUCAUAUUACCGACUUUUGACUCUGGAGUUUAUAUUUCUUUUUUGACAGGUUGCCUACUCUGCAGUAGGACAUCCUGGUACUUGGUCAAGGAUGAGCUACUUAAAGAAGUAAAAUCAAGCUUACAAUAGGUACAAUUUGGGGGGAACAUUAACUGUUAUAUGUUUUUUUAUACACGACAAAAUAAUCAGAAAACAGUAAACUAUCCCCAAAAAUUGCACAAAUUAUGUUUGAUUUUACUUUUUUUGGUUGCUCUUACCUGACCGAGUACCAGGAUGUCCUACCCACAGAGUAGGUAAACAGUCGAAAAUUGUUAAAAUCUGUAGUCAAAAGUUGGUAAUAUGAAAAUAGUCUAUCAAUCCGCAUUUGUUUCCAUUGUUCAACAGUCACAGAAAUGAAUUCUUGCAAAUAUUUCUGAAUUUAAACACUAAGUGUCUGUUAUUUACAUGUAGCUGUUGUUAGAUAAUAGCUGUGUUGAAUGCAACCAUUAUUGUUUGUUUCACAUUCACUAUUAAAAGCUAAAGCCUCGGGCAGACCACUUCAAUACUUAAUUGAUAGUUGGUGCCCCUGAGGUUCUGUUACCCCACCCUUUUCAUAUAAUUUAGAUUUUAGAAAUGUAAACGUUUUCAUAAAUUGCGUAGGUAAAAAUGUAACCUUUUCCCAUAUUUGGUUGGGUAUCAUUCGAGUCCAGGAGGGGUCAAGAAUCAUAUUCCGGCAUUAUCGAGAAAAUAUCACCUUUGCUCGGAGCUCAGAUCCCUUAUGUAAUGUUUACUUAAUUCGAGACUUUUGGCUGUAAUGGGAACUUUAUUGACCUUGUCAUAUAUUUCUGAUAGUUUUCACCAUCUAUCCACAUAUUUUCAAGCUGGAAAAUGUGACCUAUUCCAGUGGCACGUCCUAUCAUCUUGUAUAUAGGAAGUGCCCGCCCAGGCUUAAGCAGUUAAAUGUGCAAUACAUCACUCUAGUUGUGUACUAUUUUGUCUUAAAAUGGAUAUUGAGGUGUACUGUAUCAAACUCGUGUUUAAGCUCAGGUUUCGAAAUUGUCAUAACAAGUAAAAUUGUACAGCAUUGUUUCUAAAGCUGGAACACAUCAUUUCAUAUUUUCUGCCAUCGCUUAUGCAUUGUAUAUAUUAAAUCGUUACAAAUAUAUUUUAUUCCAAAGUGUAAGUAUUGAAUACCACAAUAUCUGUGUAUAUACACUUUAAUAUUUAUAUUUCAUGUAAAUAUGUAGAAUCAAGCAGGAUUUGUUUAUAAAAGAGAAAAGGGUUGUUAUGAUUUGUUGUACAGGAUUUGAAAAAAAUUUUUUUUUAGGUCUGAUAUAUACACUUGUAGUUCAAUAAUUGAUCACAAGUCUUUUAACCUAAAAACUAAUGUUUUGAAUUUUGUGACUUUCCACAUGCAGUGUGCCAUAUCAAAGUUGUGAUUGUUAAUGUUUAUAUAGAAUUUUCAUGUUAGCUUAUUUUAUGAUGCAACUUGUUAUACUGUGAGACUAAAGUUUAUUGAAAUGGGACUGUAUGUUAUUUUUCUUGUUACUGUAAAUUCAGAAAUUAUUGCAAUGUUUUUAUUAUUGCUAAAAAUGCGACAGGAUUAUAAUCGCAAUAAUUUAAACUCGCAUUUUGAAAUUUUUUAUAUGAAUUAAACAGGAUUUUUCUCAAUAUCGCAAAAAUUAAAAUCACAUUUUAGUCUAAAAUGACAAAAUAGUAAUAAUAAAUGCACGCAAUAAUUUCUGAAUUUACAGUAUAAGAAAAUGUAAAUAUAUGGUUUUUGAACUCCAGCAAUCAAAUUAGGUAGUGUUUCCAUUUAAUAAUUAAUUUCAUUUUUCAAUUUAUUUAACAUUAUGGUUUUAAUAAUCCAUUUACAAGUCAGGAUUUUGAAUUAAUUGGUUCAAAGCAUAUACACAGUAAAAAAUCCAUACCAUUAAAUUAAAGUUGUGUUCAAAUGGUCUUUGGAACAAAAGCCAACAUAGAAAUCACCAUUUUUAUACAAAACAGGACAUACCUUGAUACAUAUUUGUAAAUAAGAAUGUAAAUAUCGUGUACAUAGUAUUACUGGAAUAUAUACAUGUAUUGAUUAAGAUGUUUUUAAAAACCCACACAUAAGCACUCAGUGAAGUUUUUUAGGGCUGAUUUUUUUGGUUAUGUAAAUCCCCUUUCUGAUCUUUCCUUAAAAACCAGACAAGGAUUCAGAGGGGGUACAAUUGUCACACAGCCCCCCCCCCCCCCCCCCUAAAAAAGGAAAAAAAAAAUUAUAAGUACAAAUUCUACCAAAUUUUUGUCAAAAUAUGGUCUUCAAACUUUUUAUUCUCCAGAGCAUCCCCUCUAACAUCAAAUCCUGGGUCCACGUUGAAAACUAGAAUGCAUAAAAAAUACAAAUCAGUAUUUUUCAUAUGGCAUUAAUAUCUUUACUUUCUAAUUAUGCAUGUAAUAAUUGUCACUGAAUGCUAAACAUCUGUAAUCAAUCAAUAUAGUUAAACAAAUUAUCGCCACAAGUUUUUAUGGCGCUGUUACCAAGUUACAUACCUUUUAAAACUAUUUUUAGAAUGGGAUUGAUAUCUGCAGGGAACCAAAAGUCUAUAAUCCAAAGAAUUUUGUUCUUAUUUUCUGACAUUAAUAUUCAGUAUAAGAUUGCUUAUUUACCAUUUACACAAUGUAUUUGACAAUAGGUACUUAGGAAUUGUACCUUUUUUUAAAUGCCAUUUCUGUAUUGUAGAUUAUCUUGUUUUCUAUGAGAAUUUUAAAUAACCACGUAUUAAUAAUUUGAAGUGGGAAAUAUUAUUUUUGGUCAUUAUCUGUCAGAUACUAUAGUUGAAUGAAGUAAGUUCUUGAUGAGAAAUUUUGAUAAAAUGUUUCAUGUUUUCUGUAAAUCUUGAAAAUUUUUAUUUCUUUAAAUGAUACACAAACUACAUUCCAUGACAUUAAGAUAUUUUUAGACCAAAUAAAAUUAUGUCGAAGAAGAAAAAAGUUUUAUGACUUUUUUUUCUAAAAAUUGAUUUAAAACUUAUUUCACAUUAAUGACUAAAAUAAGACUUUUAUUUACUCAAUAUGUAUGCUGAUAGCUUUCUGAUCAUUCCAAAAAAUGAAUUUAUUCUAUUUUAUACUUGUAAAUAUUAUAAUUAUAUAUACAUUUUGUAUAGAAUCAUCAAUGGUGUUUUAAUUCAAUUUAUAACUUAUGUCUAAUGUCUUACUAAAAUGUGAUAUUAAAUAUCACAAAACUAUUUGUACUAACUAUAUAUAUAUUAUUUCUGUAGUAUAAACCAACACACACAUAUGAUUAUUUUUAUUUUUUCAUUUAAAUAAAAUGUAUUGAUUGUGUUUACUUAUAUAAAAGGCAUUCAUUACUACUUCUUAACUUGCAUUUAUAUAUAAUCUUUAAAUUUUUGUCUUGAUCUUAACAGAAAUAAUUUCUGUAAGUUUUUAGUAUUGUAAAUUCUGAAAUAAUUGCGAGGGUUUUUAUUAAUGCAAAUAAUGCGACUGGGUGAAUAUCUCAAUAAUUAGAACUUGCAUUCUGAUAUCUGAUACAAACAUCUGAAAGCAGAUUUUCCUGAAAUCGCUAUAAUAAAUCUCACAUUUUUGUCCAUUCAUCAAAAUAUCGCAAUGAUAAUACAUGCAAUAAUUUCUAAAUUCACAGUAUUUAAUUUGCUUUUAACCUAGUGAAAACUUUCUUCAAUAAGAUGCUGUUGUUCACUUUGUUUCCUUUCAAGGACUGGAAACUUUGUAUUUGCCAAAUUCUUAAAUAAAGAUUAAUCUUUACCCAGGAAAUACAGAUAAAUAGUAUCCUUAAGGAUGUUUGCUCCUCUUGUUUUUGAAUUUUUACUAGAUAUUCGGAAUCCUCUGGUUUAAUCCAUGUAGUGCCAUAAAAAAUUUUGCCGGCAAACCCCUACUUUACUUUUUAUAAUUUUAUUACAUAUAGUUUAAAAAGCCAUUUUUGAAAAUCUUAUUAAAUUCUUGUUAUUUUUUCAUAGUUUUUGAAAGAAAAAAGGUGCCAAUGUUAAAUGUAUGAAAAAUCUAGAGAGAAUCACUUCCCGUCAAAUUUUCAAUGGCUUAUAUUUUUUCUACUUUUUAAGUUCCUUUAUUCAUAUACUUUCAAUUUAUAACAGUCUGUUUAAAAGCUUGUUAUUAUAAAACUGAGUAGCAAACAUCCUUAAGCAAUUGUUUUUUUCUAGGAUUCUUGAUUGACCUAAAAAAAGACAUUACAAAAUUUGAUUUUUAAUCUACCACUAAAAGUGUAUUAUGUAUGUCAUUUCUUCAUUAUUUAAUUCUAUCUAUACUACAGAUCAGAUAUUGUCAUAUUUUUUUAUAUAUUUAAUUUUUCACUUUAUAAUUUUACUUUUUAAGAUGUCUUUAUAAUAUUUAGAAAAAUAAAUGAAUAAAUAUGAAAUCUA